UCGUCGCCUUAACGUAAAUAAACCUCCAAACACACGAGAGUUUUGAGAUUUAUUCUGCUGUAACAGACAAUAUUUACGCAGUUAAAGCUUUCUUCAGACAAUUUAUUUCUUAUUUCAUAGAAAAUACAUUUAUAAAAUCUAUUCAAGUAUUUAUGAGAUAAAAUAUCGAAAAGAUAGUAAAGCUUUAAAAAAGAUAAUAGUCCGUGAAAAACCCAAAGCGUAGAACAUACUAGAAGCGCGCUGCUUGUGAUAGACGAAGUUGUGAUUGUCUCAAAUACCGCCUCAUCUUUUCGACAAUGGCUGACAUUGCAGAGAUUCAGAGGGACAUAACAGAGCUGCAAAAGUUUGAAGCAGAAUCGACAAGAAGUAGAGUAAAAGACAUUCUUGCAGUUCAGAUCAGAAAGCUUCAAACUGAUCUCAAAAGGCAUGAAGCAGAACUCAGGGGUGCAAGUUCAAGCUCAGAUGCACUUUCUGAAAAAGGAACUGUUUCUUUGCCAAGAACUCCAGUCUACACAGAGAUAAUUAAAAAUUAUGCUUGGGACCAGUCAGAUAACUUCUUGAAGCUAUAUGUAACUCUGAAAGGGAUACACAGCCUCAGCAAAGAUCAUGUUAGCUGUGAGUUUGCAGAUCAGUCUUUGAAAUUGUAUGUUCGAGGUCUCGAGGACAGAAACUGGGAACUGCAUAUUGCGAAGCUGAGUGAAAAAAUAGUGCCAUCAGAAAGCAUUUUUAAGGUAAAAACAGAUAUGGUGCUGUUGAUGGCAAAAAAGAGAGAAAGUGGCAAGAAAUGGACUUACGUUACUGAACAGGAAAAGAAAGCAAAAGAACCCAAAAAGCCCUCACUUGAUGAGAAGGAAGAUCCCAGUGCAGGGAUUAUGAAACUGCUCAAGGAUAUGUACGAUGAUGGGGAUGAUGAAAUGAAGCGCUCUAUUCAAAAGGCAAUGUAUGAGUCACAGAGUAAACAGUCCAAGGGAGACUUCGGCAUUUAAUUGGAUCGUAAUAGGGACAGAAAUUAUUGAAAACAAACAUAGCAGACAACAUUAAGGUUUUGGACAUUAAAAAUUGUUGAGGGUGGAAGAAAAACUGAAGGAUAUGGUUAUUUUAAACCAUAUAUUUGUGAACAGGAGUUGGUAGAUGCAAGUUAAACUAAUGAUUUUUUUCGUUUAGGCUAAAAAAUGAUGCUGUCACUUUUUCAUAUGGUUUUUGUAAUUGUUGUAUAAUUGUUUUGUCUAAUGACUAAGUGAAAGUGAUGUAUUCCAAAGGUAGUUACUAAAGUAAACAAAAGCAAAUAAUUGUCCCUGAUAAGGUUUUGCUUUUGUGGUUUUAACAGAAUUCCAACAUAUUGGCCAUAUUAAAAAUUAAAGACAUAGUUGCUGCCGUUUUGAAUCUUAUAUUUUCAUGAAAAAGAUAAAAAAUGUGAAGCUUGUUUGACAAAAUUGUUAAGAAGUUUAACUGUGUACAAGUUUUCAGUUUUGAUUUGAAAUACAUACUGUGGAGAUUACAGUAGAUUGUGGUUGUCAGUGUGAAUAUCAGCAUUUAUUGAAAAACAGUGGGUUUGUCUUGGAUGGGGAUAGUCUAGUCCUCACCUAUACCCAGCAACUGAUGAUUGAAACAACUUGCAAAACCAUUUCAUCUUUUGUAUCUGCAUACUUUAUUUCAAAAUAAAAAUUUAGAAACGUUUCAUAUGGUAUGCAUCACAUUAAAGCGUAGCAAAUUAAUAAAACAGCAUAGUAUACAAAGAACGUAAGAUGCCAGGAAAAAAUCCCUAGACGUGAAAAAAUUUGUUCAUAUUUUAUAUAUCACUUUUUAUAAACAACUGAGUAUUCUUCAUGAAUAUUUGUUCAAGAAUUCAGAUUGGUUCUGAGUAAAUUAUCUUUCAGUGCUUGUUGGUAUUGGAAUAGCAUGAAUUUUCUAAGUAACGAAUAAAAACGAAAAAAUUGCCUAGAUUAAAAACUGUUCAACAAAUAAUGUUUUAUCAGAUCAGAAUCAUUUGUCUGUGUUUACACUUCAAAUAUCAACACCUUGAACUUGAGAAUUUUGCUACAUAAUCUUGAUUGCUAUCAUGUCAACAGGCAAUGUGUCAGGUCAAGUACAGCAAAUAACCUAAGUGAAAAUCUUUGUAUGAAUUAUAUUGACCUAGAUACACUGUUAAUACCUGGUAAGCAGUGAUCUUAAUACUUAUGUGUGUAGCUAUUAGCAACUUUAAUUUGAAUAUUACAAAGCAUAAAGGAAUUAAAAAAAACAAAAAACCAG